UGGAGUUCCCGUUCGAUGUGGACGCGCUGCUCCCGGAGCGGAUCACGGUGCUGGAUCAGCACCUGCGGCCCCCAGCCCGCCGACCCGGAACCACAACGCCAGCCCGGUGACACCUCAAACCCGCCCCGUGGCCCGUCUCUCCCGGUCCCUCCUGAAACCUGGUCCAGGGACCACGCCCCCUCUCACUGACUAGUGGCCACUCCCUUUGAUGUCUUGGCCCGUUCUUUUGGUGACCUUUGACCCUAGACCAAGGGGGGUUAUCAGUGCUUGCAUCUGUGGCAUUUCACUCCUUUGCCCAAUAUGUGGUCCCACCCAAAGGAUAUGGUUGACCUGUCCUUUCUGCUUCACCCCAAUAACCUCCAGGGAGGAGGGAAUGAACCAUUUUGGAAAGAAUGUUGAUCUGCAGCAGCAAAUUAUGACCAUUGUAGAUGAGCUGGGCAAGGCUUCUGCCAAGGCCCAGCAUCUUCCUGCUCCCAUCACCAGUGCAUCAAGAAUGCAGAGUAACCGCCAUGUUAUGUAUGUGCUCAAAGACACCUCAGCUCGACCGGCUGGAAAAGGAGCCAUUAUUGGUUUUCUGAAAGUUGGAUACAAGAAGCUCUUUGUCCUGGAUGAUCGUGAGGCUCACAAUGAGGUAGAACCACUUUGUAUCUUGGACUUUUAUAUCCAUGAGUCACUUCAGCGUCAUGGUCAUGGGCGAGAACUCUUCCAACAUAUGUUGCAGAAGGAGCGAGUUGAACCGCACCAACUGGCCAUUGAUCGACCCUCACAGAAGCUGCUGAAAUUCCUGAAUAAGCACUACAGCUUGGAGACCACAGUCCCACAGGUGAACAACUUUGUGAUCUUUGAAGGCUUCUUCGCCCAUCAGCAUCCUCCGGCAAGGAAGCUGCCACCCAAGAGAGCAGAGGGGGACAUUAAGCCAUACUCCUCAAGUGACCGAGAAUUUCUGAAGGUAGCUGUGGAGCCUCCCUGGCCCCUGAACAGGGCCCCACGCCGCACCACACCUCCAGCCCACCCACCACCCCGCUCCAGCAGCCUGGGAAACUCGCCAGAACGGGGUCCCCUCCGCCCUUUUGUUCCAGAGCAGGAGCUGCUGCGGUCCCUGCGUCUAUGCCCCCCACACCCUACCGCCCGCCUUCUGCUUGCGACUGACCCUGGGGGCAGCCCGGCCCAGCGUCGCCGCACCAGGUAAUAGAAGGGUCAAAGAGGGUCUGAGAAAUGGCAAAGAGCAUUUGAAUCUGUCAGAGACUUGAAGCAGUAGGGUAGACAGAUUGGGGAGUCAUGAAACCUUUCAAGAAAAAUACAUGUUGAGGUCACCUGGAAAUAGAUUACAGUGAAGGAGCAGAAUAGAACUGUAUGUGGAGCCCAAGGACUCCAGUUUUAAAGUGAGUUAGGGGUAGGGUAGGGUAGGAAGAACACUGAGAUUCACUGGGUGGGGGGAACUGUGCCUUGUAAGAUUGGAGAAGUCUUGGUUUACACUUGCUGGAGGAGGGGCAAUGUCUGACAGAUUGGGGAGCCAGUGGCUUCAUGUCAGCACCUGUGUGCCAAGAGCCCAUCCUACCAGACAGGGAGUGGGCAUCUCUCUCCCUAGCUUUUAUUUCUGUCCCUAGCUUUCUUUUCACCUGACUGCUCUUUCUGUUUUUCUCUCUCCCCCAUGUUCCCUCUCCCUCCAUCCUGUCCAUAACAUCCUUCCACAGCUCCCUUCCCCGCUCUGAUGAGAGUCGAUACUGACAGACCGCUAACCCCUCCUUCUCUGGGAGACCUCGGGUCGGCAGAGACCCCCUUCCCCUGAAAACCCCAGGCUCAUUCUGCAUUGCCUCCCCUAGGACCCAGAGACCUGACAGAGUCCAUAGGGUUCCCUCUUCCCGAUUCUUAGAUGACUGGGUUGUCAGGGUCCCAAAUGGCCUAAUACUUUGCAGCUUUUCUUACCACAGAAAGCACUGCAUCCCCACAGACAGCCCAAUCUGCUGUCAGACCCCUUAGUUGGGUGGCUCAUACUAAUUACCCAGAGAAGCAUACUCUUGUUUGCUGUCAGACUAGAACACCAUGGAAGGUCCAAGGGCCUCUUCUGCCAGGGAAAUCUUUUAAGGAGUCUUGUCUAUGGAAUAAAUCCCAUAUUUUCUCCAUUGUCUACUGGCAGCUCUAAUACUGCUUUGUGCUGUCUGCCUCACUUGCUCUUUGAGCCAGCUCACGCCAGCCAACGAGCUCCGCUUCAGAACACCUGAAGUUAGGCAGGACAGGGACCUUCAGAAUUUACCAGCUUCCCAAAGGGGUCCACUCAACAUUGCCAAACUCUUCAUUUCCACGUGUUUUGUGUAUGUGUCAGGGAACCUCCAAGCUGAUGUCUGCUUAGGGUCUCUAAAGGAGACUUGCUGAGGACACCACUUCCCCAGAUCCAUUCUCUGAGGAAUUUUAAAUCUUGGCAGUAGAUCCCAGCAAGCACCCAGGAAUCACUCUUGGCCGUGUUACGGAAGAGAAGCCUGGUCUCAAGGAUCUUUUAGAUCUGGAAUCCCCUGUCACAUCCAUCCCUCCCAGUAGCUAGAUGCUGAUAUAUUCCUGUCAUGUGAGAUUGCUUUGAGAUGAAGGACCAUUCUUCCUCUGGCCUCCUUUCUUCAUAGCAAGAACCUCCUUCCCUGCUCCCCACCCAGGGUAUAGAUAUAUCCUUUCCCCUUCCUCCCCUCUGAAUGUGUGGUAGAUUGAGUACCCCCACUGUACCGCACGCCCCCCAAAUCCUUGGGAGCAGGAUCUCCCUCAUUCCCUCCUCCCUUUUCUUCUCCUACUCAGUGUUGUCUGAAUAAAGUGUAAGUUCUUUUGUGUUUUUUUUUAAACUGACAUUUCCAGUGAAAAAAAGAACCAUCCAAAAAAAAGCCAACUCAUGGUCUCAGCCUCUUUUGUGCGCCGCCCCUUGUUUCCCUGGGAUCUCAGGGCCUCUGCCCCUCUCAUCUCUGUGCCUCUGAGAUCUGCAGAUCUUCUACCAAGGAGCCUGAGCUCCCCUCCAAGAUCUGCUGUUGCCCAUCCCCAUCUUCACUGCUGGAUCUUCCGCGGAUUCUGCAUGUCUCCUCUCAUGUGACCGCUGAUCCCACGGUGUAGACUUCUGUAUCGGCCCCAUUCCCUCCAGGAACCUCCAGCUCUCCCCAGUGACUUCUACCCUCUACCCUGGGCCAGCACUCGCUGAUUUACUGACAUCUCUGGGAUCCAGUAACUGCCUCCUGAUUAUUCCCUGGAUUCCUCUUCCCACAAUGUGAUUUCCUGCCCCCUCCCCCUCUAAGCCCUUGUAUCUCUCUGUAGACAAUCCCUUACCUCCAUCGAGCAUCUAACAUAGUCACCAUGGCUCCCUUCCUUUUCCUCCUAAAUUCAGCCUCCUCACUCCCUGUUUCCCUCUGGUCUGAGAUAUCCUGUAUUUAAGGUAACCAUAUUUUCCAAACCAAACAUCAGGGCACCUGGUCCAACAAAAUCUUUUUUGCCUAUAUGUGAGUCUGGUUUUAUGACAGGAUUGGAUCACAUUUAGCCAUACAUUUAACAUAUUCUUCAACUAAAAAGAAUAAAACAACAAAUCAGGAUUGCUCCAGAAAGUUUUGGGGUGUGAAAUAAGCUUCCUCCUCAUUUCUGGGGUACAGUUUAGAUUAGAACACCAAAGGAAUGAUAAUUACCCCCUUCUCUUUGUUCCCGUGCUCUUCCUUUUAUGCCUGUCCUCUGAAUUCUCCAUACCCACCCAUCUUUUGCCCUGUAGCCUCUCCCCACCAUCU